CCCACUCGGCGCGUCCGAAUUUUCUGCAUUCGGACGUUGUGAGAAGUUUUCGGCGGUCGCAUUCGCGAGCGAGGCUCCCAACGGUUAGGAGCGACGCGGUCGUAUUUGAGAUACUGUGCACAGCGCACGACGGCGAUCGGCGCCAGCGCGCGUUGCAAUAUGCGGAAGUGAGGACGGACAGCGCCCGCAGCACGGUGCUAGUGUUACUCCAGUGAUACACGCAGUGAACGCACAUUCAGUGAUACGAACUAUGAUAUUUGUGAACGGCUCGCGUAGAGCACUAAUGGUUUUGUUUUAAUAAAAUCAAGGACUGUGGAAUUUGUCAUUCAUGGAAUCGAGGGCAGGUAUCCGAGGCGGCCCGGGCAUGGACUCCCAACAGCAGCAGUACUGCCUUAAGUGGAACAGUUUCGGCUCCAAUUUGGCCACGUCGUUCGCGAACCUCUGGAACUCGGAGAGUCUUGCUGACGUCACGCUCUAUUGCGAGGGUCGUCAGUUCAAGGCACACAAAGUGAUCCUCGCAGCUUGCAGCAAACAUUUUCAGGAGUUAUUCGACACUGCACCGCCGAGCCAUGCAGGCGCUUGCUAUGUGUUCCUCGAGGCCACCACUGCAGAUAACAUGCAGGCCCUCCUCGAAUUCAUGUACAAAGGAGAAGUGCACGUCAGUCAAGACGCACUCUCCAGCUUCCUUAAGAGUGGGGAAAAUUUACAGGUUAAGGGACUUUCUAUGGAGAUGUCCAAUGACGCUUGGGUGAAACAACAGACUCAACAAGCAACAGAACGUCACCAGACUCGCGUAAAGACGAGUCCGGUGUCCGGUUCUGGAAACUGCGAGGUCCAGGAUUCGGCCCCGCCGCAGACGCACACGGCCACAUUCGCGCCGAUCAUGCCGCAAUACGGAAUGCCAUUACAUAGUGGUAGCGGCAGCAUGGGCCGUUAUGCCCCGCCAGCCCACCUGCCAAUACAUUCGACUUCGCACCGCAGACCGCCUCCGCCGAAACCCUCACCGUCUCAGAGUCCACACGCAAGGAAUUACAGGCAAAGCUCAUCAUCUUCGCAUUGCGGCAGCGUCGCUGAUGAACCAGACACGCGUUCAUCACCCGGCGCAGGCACGAGAUACGAAGAAACACAACCAGAUUGCACGUCUACUCACGCAAACCCGAUAAAGAAUAAUGGAUACGAAAGAGCCGCCUCAACUAAUGAAGAAAUGAUGGAACGCCUGCCUAAUGACCAGGGAGCUGAAGAUUUACGUGUAAAAAGUGAAAAUGACUACCACGCUAGCGGCUAUAACAACUCACCACCGCCAGCAGUACCGAUACCCACGACGAACUACCACGACAAGCCACACGAGACAUCACCCGUACCGCCCAAACCCAGCCCCGACACCUGGCCGACGAAACUGAUUACGAGCAAAUCUGGAGGAAUCGCGACUGCUGACGGAAAAAAAUUAAAGUGCCCAUACUGCGAGAGACUCUACGGAUACGAGACGAAUCUGCGAGCUCACAUUCGGCAACGGCAUCAGGGAAUUCGGGUGCCGUGCCCGCACUGUUCGCGCACGUUCACGCGCAACAACACGGUGCGACGCCACAUUGCUCGCGAGCAUCGCCACCAGGUCACUCCGCACCUAUCCCAAGGCCCACUUCCUAAUCAUACGCAGUAAAUCUAUUGUGUUUUUAUAUUUUAUAAAACUUUUAUCAACCGAACUACCUCUGCUCUUUCCGACGCACGCGGGUCAUCUUUAUUCGAAUUUUACAAAAACUUAGCGAUAGGCUGACGUAAAGUUCUAUGAACUGUCAAAUUUAUAUGUCAAUGAAAUUGACAGUUCAUUGGAGGUUGUGUCCUAAUUUUAAUGUUAUAAUCGUGGUCACCCGCGCUGCGUCAUUAUUCUUUGUAACUUGCGUACAAUAAAUAAUACCUCGUUGAUGCAUAUUAUGUAACAGUAAUCUACCUCAGAAAUUGAUCUUACGAUUUUUUAAGAUUUUGGAAUUGUGCGAUAAUUGUUACUUAAUUUAAUAUUCACGUGCGACUUCGAAUGGUUGCUCAGUGCUCGUGUCUAUUGUCUGGUACUGUGUUUUAAACAUUGAGUACCUUUUCUUGCACCCGCAUCGCGUAAACGUACCUUAAUUUGACUGUGAGAUAAAGUUACCUUGUAUAAACGAUUUAUUUUGAGCUCUCGGUCGUCUAUGACAUAGCUUAUAUUAUAUUAACAGGGCUAGGGAGUCUUAGGGAUGUCGUUGAGACUGAUGGUCAUAGGCUUAGUGUAUGUAAAUAAUAGGAGAAUGUUGUAUAUCGCCUUGGCCUAGGUUGAGACACGCGUUUGACGUUGCAUGGUGGCAAAAUUAUUCUACGAUUACUUUUAUUAUCUACUCGACUUAUAAUAUAUAUUCAUAAUUGCAAUAGACUGUUAAACUGGUUUAAGUUAUCUUAUUUGAACACAUCUGUGAUACAAUAGGACAAGCUCUAUAUGUUUUAGUUUUUGCCACUUUAAGAGAUAAAAAUAAUGAUGCGUAUCCAAACGGGAGUUCAAACGUAACGUGAAAUUGAACGGUUUUUAGUUUGUACAAAGUACAAUUUUCCCUAGACGCAUAAGUAGGUAGAUAAAAAAAACGUGUUAAAAAUUUUGCAUGUAAGGUUCGAGGCAUGAAUGUUUUUACUAUCCGUAACCGUCGUUCGUUCCAGGCUCGCCUGACGGAUGUUACUAUUGAGACCAAAUAAUUAUAUGUUUUUACGCGAUGGUGUCGAUUUUAACAUUCCGCUUUAAUUAUUUUUUUCGUCGUAGUGCAUUUAGGUAAAGGCCACUUGUUACUUUUAUAUACCUAGUCAUUUCAAGUGCAACAGUUGAGAUUUAAAGAAUAAUUAUUUAAUAAAUAUAAGAGUGCAACGGCGUUAUUGUAUUAUAACUGUUGUGUGAACGCCGUCGUCGCUCAAAUCAGCUUCAAAUAUAUAACAUUUAA